AUUCGAUUCCAAUUACAAUUUCUCUUGAUGGAAUCGUUUUGUUGCUUUCCAUUAUAAAUUUAUUGCAUACUUCAACCAACGUCUCUCUCUUCUUUCUCCACCCUAAUGGAUUCGAAUUUCUGGACCGCUCGUCUAGCCGUCGCCAAGCGGCAAUUCACGACGCACCACCACCACCACCACCAUCAGAGCUCCCAUCUCGAUCGGUUGAACGUAGAUGAUUUCGAGGUCGAAGACGAAAUCCGACCCGAUUUUCCAUGCCCGUAUUGUUAUGAGGAUUUUGAUAUCGGGUCCUUGUGUUCCCAUCUCGAAGAUGAACAUUCUUGUGAAUCCAAAGCCACUAUUUGCCCAGUUUACUCUGUUAAAAUGACAAGAGAUAUGUUGAGCCAUAUCACUCUGCAGCAUGGACACCUAUUCAAAUUGCAGCGGCGUCGUAGACUACGUAGAGUAGCCGUUCCGAACAGUCAGGCACUUUCCCUUUUGGGCAGGGAUCUUCGAGAGGCUCAUCUGCAGGUGCUUCUUGGUGGUGGUGGUGGCGGCAGUGGUGGUUACAGGCCGUCGAAUAUCACUUCAUCAGCAGUAGCAAGUUCUGCGGUUUCUGAUCCGUUCCUUUCUUCUUUGGUUCUCAACUUUCCCGGUUCUGAAGCCGAAGAAAUCUCCAAGUCGAUAGCGUCGAAUGUGGAGGAAAGUUCCGUGAAGAGUGCAACCCCACAACACAUAUGGAAAUCAAGUUUUGAUCCUUCGUUAAGCUCUGAAGAACGGGAAAAGAGAAUGAGACAGGCAACUGGCCGAGCAGUUUUUCUUCAAGAUGUGCUCGUAUCAACGCUUUUAACUGCUGACUAAAUGUCGAGUAAGUAAUUUGCAUACGAUUAUUUCAUCAAGCAGAUUACAAUAUUCGUUCAGCAACCUCUGUUGUAGAAGUUUUUCUUCAUCUUUUUUGCUCUCUCGACCUGCGUUGUACGAGCAAAUCUUUUCAUGUUAAUGAAAUCGCUAAUAUUUAUUUUUUGUCCGUUGGAUUGUAUAUGUGCUAACUGUAAAGUGAUCCUCGUUAUCGAAAUUCCGCUCUUUUCUGGUC